CUUACAGAGUUCUUCAUCCAUACAGUAAUACAGACAAACACAUAAGCAUCGCUUCUCCUUUUGUUUAAACGGAUGCAGCUUUCUUAUAGAGAACAUUGAAAGGAAUGCUUGUCUUCAGACCACUUCUGUCUAGAAGAACCCCUGUGUGCCAUUGCAAUGCCUGGAAAAUCAUUGAACAGCGGUCCUACCAGACAUCCUGUGAGGCUCUUAUCUACCGGAGACACGGUCCUUAUGCUGAUGUCUUAAAGCUAGAAAAUAUUCCCAUUCCUUACACUGGCCAUGAUGAUAUCCAUAUCAGGAUGUUGGCUGCUCCAGUUAAUCCUGCAGAUGUUAACAUGUUACAAGGAAAUUAUGGGAUUUUACCCCACUUGCCAGCAGUAGGUGGCAAUGAAGGAGUUGGAGAAGUAAUUCAAGUUGGUCAUGAAGUAAAAAGCAUAAAACCAGGACAAUGGGUGGUUCCAAUUGACUGUGGCUUUGGUACAUGGAGGACUGAAGCAGUUUGCAAAGCAAAUGAAGUGAUUCCAGUUGCCAAAGAUAUCUCUGUGAUAAGCGCAGCCACACUCAGUGUAAACCCAUGCACUGCAUAUAGAAUGUUGAUGGACUUUGUGGCUCUGAGACCUGGUGAUACUGUCAUUCAAAAUGGUGCAAACAGUGGUGUGGGACAAGCUGUGAUACAGAUUUGUGGAUCAAUGGGAGUGAAUACUAUUAACAUCAUUAGAGACAGGUCUAACUUGAGUGAAACAAUAAAAAAACUGAACUCACUUGGUGCUAACUAUGUUAUUACUGAGGAUAUGCUACACAAUGAAGAAAUGGCAAAUCUCUUUAAGGUAGUUGAAAGGCCUAAAUUAGCUCUCAACUGUGUAGGUGGAAGCAGUGCUGGAAACCUUUUCUGCCAUCUCAAGGAUGGAAGCACUAUGGUCACAUACGGAGGAAUGUCAAGAAAGCCCACACCUUUACCUGCUAAAGCAUUAAUAUUUAAAAAUAUCAGAAUCUGUGGCUUCUGGAUGACACAGUGGAAAAGAAACAAUUUACAUGAUCCAACAAAACUCAUGACAAUGGUGUCAGACUUGACAGAAAUGAUAAGAAAAGGACAACUGUCAGAACCCAGUUGCACAAAAGUACCGUUUUGUGACUUCAGCAAAGCACUGCAAGCCACCAUGGAUCCUCACACUAACAAACAUGUACUGAUCAUGAAUUAACAUUUUAAAGCCCAAUAACAACUGUUUUGGAUAAUACAUUUUUGGGAAAUUA